GCGGGAGAAAAGAUCCACCACGCGAUUGAGUGCCACUAGUAAGUGCUACAGUGCAACGGAACCGGACUAACACUACUGUAAAGAAAGCGAGAAGAGCAUUAUUAAUCCAUAAUUUCUCCGUUAUCGUGUUCCUGUUAUGGACUGGAUUCACUGCAAUGGAUGCUUCAUCCAACCCAGAACAAACUCAAACCCACCGAAGUUUUUACUGACCUCUUGUGGCCAUAUCUUUUGUGAACGAUGCAGCCAGACAGAAACCACCAACAAGUGCCGCGUGUGUGAAGCGCAGUGCACAACCACCCUGUUAUCUAAUCAGCUGCGAGAAGAGGUGCGUGAUUAUUUUGGCGACCCCGAAUCGCUCCUGUCCAAAGUUGUAAAGGUAGUCCAAUAUCAGAAGAGUCAUCGCGAACGACUUUUGGGGUACCUACGACGUUUGAUCCCCAAGUACGACUCCGCCAAACGUGAAAUACAGAAGCUGCACGAUGAGAAUAAAACUCUCCGGAAGAAGGUCCAUGUACAGCAACAGGAGAUUGCGUGGUACAAGCUCCAGCGGGACCGCCUUCGUGCCUCGCGGCCGCCGAUCUCCACGCCGGGCAGCCUGGCGCCCAGCUCGCCCUUCCCCGGGAUGCCGUCCUCCGACCCGCACCGGGGCGGGCUGCAGCACAUGAGGAACUCCGGCCUGGGGAACUCGCGGAUCUCCAUGGGCUUCACCAGCACGCCGCGCCAGGACGUCCCAUCCCCCCUGUCGGUGUCCUCGAUGCCGGCGAACACGCCGUUCAACCCCGGCCAGUACAGGAGCCAGCACUUCAACACCCCCGAGAGCACCCCCGGCGGAUCGUCCUUCGUGCCGCCCGAGAGUCCCACGGACAGCAUCUACCGCUCCUCCUCACAACAAGCUCGCAGACAGCACCAACAGCACUCCCCGCCGUCCCGGGGAACUCCGACGGACGCGCUCAAGAUUCUCUCCCUGGCUUACAAGAACGCCAACAAAUAAUUGUGUGUAGCUUUUCACCAACUAACAUCAAACUUGUAUUUUUGUUGAGAGUUCUUUAAGUGGGCAGGACCUUUUUAAUAAGUUAAAUUCAGCCACAAUUCUUUUUUAAAUCUCUUUUUUUUUCUUCUUCUCAAAAUGUUAAUUAUAUCUCAAUCAUUUAAGGUAUUUUAGUGGAUACUAAUGAAAUAUAUUUUACGAGUUUAUUGAA